AUGGGCAAACGUGCCAAGUUGAGAAGGAGGGUUGAGACCUUGACCAAUGAGAACAUAAUAUUGUCAAAUCAACUCGAAGCGUCUGAAGACCUCUUCAAUACUCUCCAUCAAGAUCAUGAAGUCUUGCUUGAUCGUCUCGCAUCUAAAACCAACGGGCUGUACACCAAGAUACAGAACAACCUGACUCCUAACUCGCCUGAUCAGACCUCUGGGAUCAGGGCAUCGAGUGCCCCCAGGGUGCCUGUUAAGAUAAGCAAGCGCAACAAAUUGAAGAGGAGGGCAGAGUCCUUGACUGAGAAAAAGGUCACGUUGUCCAAACAAUUGGAGGAUUCUCAAGACCGCUACGACCCUCUCCAGGCAAACCAUAUAGCAUCGCUUGGCUUUGAGCACUUAAUCGACAAGGCUGUUGCUUUUGGUAUUCCCAAGAAUAUGGCAUACGCCUAUCUCCGCCGCACAGACAACGAUGUCGACGCCGCCGUAAACCUGUAUCAUGAUCCGUACGAUUAUCUCGACACUGGAAAUGUACCCAUGGAAUGGAAACCACGCCUCCUCCAGCACACGUCAGACGAUCGACAUAAAGCGUUGGACUUGUGGUUGGACAUUAGAGAACACAUCGUACAUCUGAAUGCGAUGAACCGCGGUGAUGAUGAAGUAUGGAGCAUGUUGCUGGAAGCCGAUUUCGACUUCGAUAGAGUACUAAAGACGUUGGGCGAUGAGAUGCAGACUAGCGAGCAUAGACGGCAGCCGAGUGAGGAGACAGACGAGAGUGAGUUUAUGAUGGACAGUGACGACGACGGAUAUUUGCCCGAAAUCGACUAG